CAAUUUUUUAAAUUAAAAAUGUUAAUAUCUAAAAAUAUCUGCAAAUAUUAGAAUCAAAAUUCUCAAUAAACCUCUAUUCUUAUGUAAACCAAAAAGGUCAGGCAAUGCUACGAAGCCAUGACUGAUAAUCAACCCGCCCCUUCUGGACUCUCUGUGACCAGUGCAAUUCGUCUAUACAACAGCGUGGCCGUUAACGACGAAAACAUGGUGAUGCGACCAAUCAUAACCGCUCGCCGAGAAGACGAAGAUACCAUGUCGCUACAGAAAUCCAUUGAAACGUUAAUGUCUCUCGAUGAAAAUGGAAACUCUUGUCGCAUAUGUCGCUGGAAUCGUAGUGAUUUGGAUAUAAUGGAAAGUCCUUGCCUCUGCCGGGGCACAGUUGGUCAUAUUCAUUUGCAAUGCCUUAAACGCUGGAUUAUGCAUCGAAGAAACAUUCACUGCGAGAUUUGUAAUGCUUCUUUCAUAAUACCCGUGGAGAAGUUAAGCUGGCAACAAAAGUUGGCCAACUUCUGCAAGCAGUGUGCCAUACCCAUUGUGAGGAAUUUGUUGUUUAGCUUUUCGCUGCUACCCCUUGGUCAUGUUGUGUUGCAACAAGUUCUCUUCUGCAUGGAGACAAUUAACCAGAGUCCCAACGAACGUUUGACCUUUGCAGAAAUCAUGGUGGCUUCCUGCACACUGAUGACAUCAAGUGCUUUGUUUUUCCACUUUUUUGAAUUUACCACCACACGCCUGUUUUUGAUACGCAACAUUUUGAGGCAAUGGUGGAAUUUCGGAAACAUUACAGAUUUUCCACCGGUAGAAAUCGAUAGUGGACUAUUUGAUUUUCUUUAAAUUGUAACUAAAAAAAAAAACAUGGAAAAUAUAAACUGAGUAUCAAGAGCUAA